AUGUCAACAACAGGCUUGGGGCGUCUGGGCUCCACUUCCCCAGACCCAGGCGCGUCAUCACGCGAUAACCACGCUCUUCUCGACAUGGUGGAUGGGGAAGAAGGCGUUACGAGAGGGAGAAGUCAUGGUGUGGCUAAAGGUGCUGCGGCGGAUUUAAUGCGACGACUUGGAGUUUCCCCUGAGCGACGUAUUAAAGUUACGCCUGAAGAUGAUGCGCGUGUUCUCAAGAGGAUUGAUAUGGUUGUUCUGCCUCUUAUGCUGGCAGUCUACUUUCUCCAAGGUCUUGAUAAAGCCACAAUUGCAUAUGCCUCCAUCUUCGGUCUCAUAGAAGACACGCAUCUCAAAGGCAACCAAUUCUCAUGGCUAAGCAGCAUCGUCUACGUUGCUCAGCUUAUCGCUCAGUUCCCGCUAGCAUGGCUUAUUGUGAAACUUCCAAUCGGAAAACUCACAGCAUGUAUGGUGACCCUCUGGGGCCUCACUCUGACUUUAAUGGCUGCGGCACACACUUUCCACAGUCUGUUGUUCGCCAGAUUUUGGCUAGGCGCGUUUGAAGCGAGCAUUGCACCUAGCUUCGUCGCCAUUACGCAAAUGUUUUGGAGAAGACGAGAACAGCCGUUGAGAAUGAGUUAUUGGUAUGCUAUGAAUGGCUUCACAGGUGUUUUUGGAAGCUUGGCGACUUGGUGGCUUGCACAAUUGCCUUUGGGAUUGAAGCCAUACCAGACCAUUUUUGUCGCCUUUGGUAUCAUCACAGUUUGCUUCUCAACUGUCUUGUUCUCCUACAUGCCUGACUCCCCAGCUGAAGCCAAGUUCCUCAAUAAACACGAUAAGCUUAUCGCCAUUGAGAGACUGAGGAUGAACCAGACGGGUGUCAUGUCGCGCCAAUGGCGAUGGGAUCACUUCUGGGAGACUAUGCGAGAUGUCAAAACCUGGCUGUGGUUUGGUCUUAUUUUCAGCAUUUCUGUUCCCUCUGGUGGUGUUGGUUCUUUCGGUCCCCUUCUCAUCAAAUCAUUCGGCUUCGAUUCCUUCGAGGCCAUCCUGUUCAAUGCGCCUUUUGGUGUUGUGCAACUCAUUUCUACUGUUGGAGGGUCUUACGUGGCUACCAAGUAUCACAAAAAAGGUCCAGUGAUUGCUUUUCUGGCCAUCUUUCCGAUUAUUGGCUGUAUGAUUAUGUUGUCUACGCCACAUACACCUGACGACAGGAAUACUUUGCUUGGUGGCUACUACAUGAUUUCCGUCUUUCCAGGAAUAAUAUUAGUCCCCUUGAUCUACUCAUGGGCUUCCUCAAACACAGCCGGCGACACUAAAAGCAAAUGCAACUCAUCUGUCCUUUUCAUCGGCCAAUCCCUCGGCAACAUCAUCGGUCCACUACUCUACAAACCAUCCGAAGCACCCGAGUACCAUAGAGGUUUAUCCUGGAACUUGCUCCUGUACAUGGCGAUUGAGGGUCUUGUCGUGGUAACGAGCAUGUAUCUCACCUUUCUCAACCGCGACCACAGCCGCCGUCGCGUCCUGGCUGGAAAAGACGCUGUGAUUGUAGAUUACAGUCUAUACUCACCUGACGAAGCUGAUCGUCUUCGGAGAGCAAAGGCUAUGGAUGGACAGACUGUUGAGAGUGCGAAGGAUGGAACGGUUGGAGAUCAUGCCUUUGAUGAUUUGACGGACUUGAUGAACGAUGAGUUUCUGUAUGUUUUCUAA